UUUUGUCUAUUGAUUCGUCGUCGAUGCCCCACCGACUGAUGUUAAAAUUUUCAUAAAAAUCCCAUUAGUUUUACAAUACUGUGUGAUUCUUCUAAUGAAAUUGUAAAUUUAAGGCCACGAACAAGGUCGCGACGGAUAUUGCCAAACCACAUCGUUCUCUCGAAGGCUGGUGUGGAUCCUCGGUUCGGUGCACUUCUCCUUUCGCUGGAGGCUAGCUUUCGAUCGGAUUUUCUCACGUCCCAUAGUAAACAAUAGUUGGUUUUUGUGGUGCAGAGUGUUGUGUGUAUCGAUCUGGUGUGGUGGUCGUGAGUGGAUGGUGUGCGGCAGCGCCGGGCGGUCGUGAUGCAGGCGUGAGAGGGCGGACCCGCGCGGGUCAUGUUGGAGACGCGCUCGGUGCGCGCCGCAGACUCGGUGUGGGCCAACAAGCCGCUGCCGGCGCCGCACGCCAUGGCCAGCACCCGCCACGGGAAGGCGCAGGAUGACGUCUGCUACGUAGUAGCAAAGUACGACUAUGCGGCCCAGGGGGCUCAGGAGCUGGACCUGCGCAAGAACGAGCGCUACCUGCUGCUGGACGACUCCAAGCACUGGUGGCGCGUGCAGAAUGCUCGCAGCCAGUCCGGAUACGUGCCCAGCAACUACGUCAAGAAGGAGAAGCCUUCUUUGUUUGAUAGCAUCAAGAAGAAAGUGAAAAAGGGCUCCGGCUCCAAGACGCUCCCCUCCAACAGCUCCCCAGUGCGGGGCGGGGGCGACUCCCCGCGCGCGGCGCGCCCCGAGCCCGCCGAGGCGCUGGGCACCGCCGUGGUCAAGUACAACUACCAGGCGCAGCAGCCAGAUGAACUGGCACUGACCAAGGGCACCAGGAUACUGAUACUGGAGAAGAGUAACGAUGGCUGGUGGCGGGGGCAGUACCAGGGGCAUACUGGGUGGUUCCCGUCGAACUACACGAGUGAGGAGGGCGACAACGACGACCCCGUGCACACGUACGCCAUGGCCGAGAACGUGCUGGACAUCGUGGUGGCGCUAUACUCGUUCACGUCCAACAACGAGCAAGAACUAUCGUUCGAGAAGGGCGACCGGCUCGAGAUCGUGGAGCGGCCCGCGUCCGACCCGGAGUGGUACCGCGCGCGCGACUCCCGCGGGCAGCUGGGCCUCGUGCCGCGCAACUACCUGCAGGAGCUGGCCGACUACCUCACGCAGCCCUACACCGGUCCGCCGGGCGGCGCAGCGGGCGCUGGCGGCGGCGCGGCGGGGCGGCCGUGGUACUACGGCGCCGUGACGCGGACGCAGUGCGACACUCUGCUGAACCAGCACGGCCACGACGGGGACUUCCUCAUCAGGGACUCGGAGACUAAUGUGGGUGACUACUCCGUAUCGCUCAAAGCCCCGGGCCGCAACAAGCACUUCCGCGUGCACGUCGAAGGUUCCCUCUACUGCAUCGGACAACGCAAGUUCCACACUUUGGACCAGCUCGUGGCGCACUACCAACGCGCGCCCAUCUACACCAACAAGCAGGGCGAGAAGCUGUAUCUAGUGCGCCCCUUGCCCAGGGCCAACCAGCCCUGCUGAGUCCAGGGGGUGUAGAGUAGCUGUGCCAAGGAGUGGACGGGGGGUGUAGCAUGGUGGGCAGUGGAGAGUCGAGGAUAUAGAUGUGUAGACAGGUAAAGGCCAGAUUUAGAACGACCUAGGAUUCUAGAUAGAUGUCUCUUAUGUUAGUGAUGUUGACAUGUUGGAUUUUGUAGCGAUGCAAUUGGGAUUGUCUCGAAACUUGAAUUUGCAAUAAAUGGUGAUUUUGUGUUUCCGGUACCAAAUGAUGAACUCUAGAAGUAUUUUGCUUGGUCGGUCAAUUGAUUUAUCAAGUUUGGUUUACGUAAAUAUGAGCCUAAUUGAACUAUUAUGUUAAUUUACUGUCAGAAUUUAUUUUUAAAUAACAAAUUAAAAUUUGCUUUAACUUAACUAUUUGGUCUAUAAAUAACAUUUUAAAAUGUUCAAGACAGAAAUUAACGAAACAUUUGGUUUGAAAAUGUCAAUGUCACUAUGCGCAAUAUUAACCCGGUUAUUUUAAAACAAUAAUUAAACCUCUUCCACCUACUUAGUAAUAAUCGGCUUUAAGUUUUUUAGAUACUCCAUUCAACGCACUAGAGUCAAUUCGAAACAAACUAUAAUGUAACCGUUCCAAACAUGUACCGAAUAGACGCUCUGUAGAUAAAUAAUGCACCGUACUGUAGACACAAUAUUCUUAAGUAUUUUAAAAGAGUUAUGACGGUAAAUGGCGUUUAUUUUAUUUUGUUUCUUACGAGUGUAAGAAGCAA